GUUCCGUAUUCGAGGAUAGUGGUAGCAGUUGAUAGCUGCUGACGAUAAUUGUCAGUAUUAAGGAAUAAGAAAGCACAAAAUCUGCUUCUCUAAACGCAGACUACAAUGACGGAUAAACCGUGUAAGGUGUGCAAUUUCACACGACAACAAACGCAUGGGCUAGUAGCUAUUUCCAUAGAUGAGCUUAAGAAAAAAGGUCGACAGUGUCUUGGGUUCAACUCCAGUGACUCGGUCACAGUGGUCCUAGAGAAUGAUGGGACAGUAGUAGAAGAUCAGGCUUACUUUUUGUGUUUACCCUCAAACACAAAAUUCAUGCUAUUGAAUGACAAAGAGAAGUGGUCUCCACCUUGCAGGAUUGAUGGUGGCACAGCUUGGAUGGCUAGGGAUUCUGUGAUACUGGAGACUGAUACUGUGGACAGCUCCAGUACUGUAGCACCUUGGUAUGAACUGGCUCAGCAGCUGAAGCAGGACCUGACUACCAUUAUUCUCAUGUCUGAGGCGGACCUACAGACCUUAGUGGAUGCCCCAUGCCCUGAACUAGCCUCUGCUCUGGGCUUCCAAGAGAAAAAGGCCCAAGAGCUCCAGGAGACGCUGCAGAGGGUUUUGGAUCGAAGAGAGCAGGAGAGGCAAUCCAAGGAAUUGCUCCAGCUUUACCUGAAAACUGUGGAGCAGGAGAACAAACAACAGGAAGAAACAAGUCAGCCUUCUCAGGGAGGUGCCGGGGAUGUGGAUGUGCCAGAUGGAACGGAGGUGGAUUCUGCGUCUGGAUUUAUGUCCAGGACUUUGAUGGUCCUGAAAGGCAAAACAUCGCCAGAGACCAGGCUUUCCACUGAGGAUCUGCAGAUGGUAGUGGCCAGAGGGAUGGGAGCUAUGGAGCAGGUGCUGGGCUGGGACAGAGCGAGGACGUCCGCGCUGCUGCAGGCCUGCGAAGCUGAGCUGACCACACGUCUCCAGCAGAUUCAGGCAGUGCAAUCUAUCAGGAGCAACACACAGCUGCGCGGCAGCCAGCAGUCCAGCAAGAGGAGGAAGGUGGAGGGCGUCGAAAAGCAAGCCCAAGGCAGCAACUAGGCCGAGACUCUACCUGAGCACAGACUGAUAAGAAUUCACUACCAGCCUCAGGCCCAGCAGAGUAGGAUUUUUGCCCUGCGUUACUGAUAAUAACAAAACUGCUGGAAUACAUGAAUCCCAAGUGUUGACACUUUGUAAGAUUUCAAAACCACUUGAAUGCUUUUGCCUCAAGAGGAAGCUGGAUGAUUUACACAAGUCAUGUUUAUCAAAGACCUUAACCACUUGGGUUUAUUUUUUUCUAACUGGCUUAUUUUGUGUUUCAUGCUGUGAGAAUAACUACAGAUAAACAAAUCUAAACUUAAAGCUAUAACUCAGUAUUUGGGGAGAUUCUCUUAUUUCCGGCAACCUCGCUAGUUGACAGAAAAGUUGCUGCGCCUCUAGGCCAAAGUCCAAGGUUCACUGUUGUGUAUUUAAAUAAAAUGGGUCUUCUAAUCUAACUCACAUUUAUUUGCUUUAUCACAGUGAGAAAGUUUUGAAAAAGAAAAAGAAAGAAAGUGUUUUUUCUCCAAAAAUGAAGAACUGUUGUUUUAAGGCUGCCUGUUACAUUUAUAGUCAUCAUUACACAUAUUUUUUCUUUUCAAUUUUGCCUUCUGCUGCCCCUUAACUAUUGCUAUGAUUGAAGGGAUGCACUGCAUUUGAGAUUAUAGAUCUUCAGUUUACACAGGUAAAAACUUACUUUUAAUUAGUUACAGAAAGCUAAACACAUAAUUUACCUUCUGCUGUCCUAAAGUGAAAAUCUGGUAUCCAGGUCAUCCUGAUAUUGCCUUGUUAAUGCAUUUUUUAAGUCAUAUUUUUUAGCUAUUUUUGGAAACUGCAUUAAAAGUCAAGGAGUUUUUUAACGAGUGUGCUGAAAAAUCUUGAAAUAUUUGUCAAAACUGUGCACCCUAAUGUGAAAUUUCACUGUGUGAUGUUUUAUGGAAUCUGAAAGAGGAGAAGAAAUACCUCAUAAAUAAUGAUGAGUGCAGAAACGGGAAUAAAUACAAAAGGGGAGCAAAAAUUGGCCAGAUAUGUUUGAAUUGGUUACACAGACACGUUCAUUGCUUUAAUAAUAAAAAGUUAGAUACAUGUUCAUUCAUAUGACCCUCGUGUGUGUGUGUGACAUUGUAGCUUAUUAUGCAUGAGGCUGCUGGCAGUGUGAUGUAAGAGGGUGUGGACAGCGUGUGCAGUGUCCAUGUGACUCAUGGGGAUGUAUCUUUUCUCAUGCCUGUCAUCUGUGUCCUGAACAAUGAGCACAAAUGAAGGAUCUGAAUUUACAGAAAGACCUCUUCUUUUUCGUGUUGUGGGGAAAUUACAAUGUCACUGCCAGCUUGUACUUUCAUACUAGAUACCCUUUAAGUGCAGCAUUUGUAAGCAGCUUAUAAUUACUCGGUAUUGUGUCCAUGUAUGCCCAAAAAAAUAAAAAGUUGUGCCUCAGCUCAUCAGCAAGAAAAA